AUGAUGCAGCGCAUCAGCCAGGUGUCCGACAGGGUUGCAUACCUGGUCCUCAUGGCCCUCUGCGAAAAGGACAAGACCUUGCGGCACCAAGCCAGCCAACUGCUCGACAAGUUCCAAGCAUCCCAUGCUGCAGUCGCCCAAGCCUGUGGCACGAUGCGAGAGGCCGACAUCUGUGGAGAGGCCAAUCUGAUGGUGUGCGUUGACUGCGAGGGUGUCUUUACCGAGCAGACAAAGAGCGGCCCGUCCGUGUGCCGUUUCCAUGACUCCUACUUGACACCUGACUUCGAAGGCGACUUCUGGGCUGACCACGACGAGGACUGCCACGGCAUCAUUGACUCCGACUUUAUGCGCGCCGAGUUCCCCGAAGGCUUCUACUGGGAGUGCUGCGAGCGCGCCAACGGCACGCCGGGCUGCCAGACACGAGACCACCACGUGCCCUUGGAGGCCACUCGCAAGCGGGCCAAGCUGGACCUGCUCGGCCAGACCGUGGCACCCCCGAUGCCGACUGCACCCGUGCUGAUUGAGAUUCCCAGCGAUACCGAAGACGAAGACGAAGACGACGACGAGUCAGACAGCUUCCGCGAAACGAACCCAACCGAGGAGCAGAGCACAGACGACGAGGACGAUUUGACAGAGUGA